GAAAAAAAUUGGAAUUAAGUAAAUAUAAAAAUUAGGAACACGGGUAAUUAACGUAAUUAUCAUUUAGGAUUUUUAUUUUAGGCUUCGAUUGAGCAGAAUCGAGAAGGAUAAAAUUACAGCGACUGUUCUUUCCGUCCACGGAAUUUUACAGGGAUCGGACACAGAAGGGAAUCACAUUGAAAAGAAAUCCCCGAGUCGUUUUCGAAAACCACUCAUGCGAAAUAAAGAGACGAUCUUAAGACCAUUGAAAAUCGAAAAGAAACCUGCGACGUCUCUUACGCGGAGAAUUUCCGCGACGAAGAAUUUCGUGUAUGAAAUGGGACCGAUCGAAAACAGUGUCAGGUCGAAAAAAAUCGUCGAAAAUUCGACAGUCCACCUUGAUGAGUCCUACAAUACAGCAAAUUGUAAGAAAUGUUCAUUAAGUUCGACACAAAAGCGUGUAAAGAAUAUCCUAACAUUUUCACUCAUUUCCACGUUUUCAGGUAUUUCAGGGAAGAGAUCUGGAAAUAAAAAAUGCACUCUGGGGAAAAAUGCACGCAAGCAUGUCGCUCGAUUUCCAAAAUUAAAAGCCGGUUACUCUUCCGAUGACUCGUUGAAAAGAAAUAUCGAUGACGUCACGACGAAGACGACGUUACCGCUGGUUCGAAGAGGAAAUUCCAUCUUGGAAGGAAAAACGGCUUCAAGGCAUAUCAAUACAAAAGUUCCAAGAAUUGAAGAAGAGGUUGAUAAUGUUAAAACAAAUUGGCAGAAGCUUCGAGAAAAGCACUGGGCCCACAGGAAAGACUACUUGGAAGAAGAUCAAAAAAGAAAAUUGUAUAAGACUUUGGAAAAUAUGACAAGUCAACUUGACAAAAUGCAGAUUUUCCAGAGGCCAUGUCAAGAUGAAGAACACUCGCAUAAAAAUGUUGUCAAGGCUUUAAACAAACCGCCAAAGACUUCCUUCGUAGACGAGGUCUCCAGCUUUAAAAACUCGUUAUUUCCAAAGAAGCACAGUUCAUCGAAAAAACCUUCCUUGACGAGCAUCCUGGAGAACUGCAAGAAGGAAAAAUUGGCAGAAAGUGUCCUCGGUAACUUUGAGAAGAAAAAUCCCUCGAAGAGAGAUUCAUCGAUAGCAAAGUCUUCCGCAGCACAGAAAAGGCUUUCCUUUGGUCAGAGUGAAAAAAUUAAUGGAACAUCGAGGAAGAAUAUUGCAGAGAACGAUUCGAAGCGACAGGAAGUGAAAUCCGAAUUGGAGGAAUAUUUAGAAAAGUAUGGAAAUUUCGAAAAGGCGAAGAAAGGCGAGCCAAUUUUGGAAACGUCGCCUCGAGUCGUCGAGGAUAUCUUGGGCAGAUUGAACAUCCGUGAUUGUGGAUUUUUCGAUUUUGUUGAUGACGAUAGCAAGUCGACAACUUUGGGAGAUGCAACCUGCAAUUUCCUCGGCAAAGGGAUACUUCCUGAAGAAAUAAAAAUUAGAUCAGAUGAGGGGGUAAAUCGAAAAAUAACUAAUGCUACUACUUCACUUUCGAAGGGGACCAGGAAAAUCUUACUCGAUGCAAACUGUGUAGAUGCUUCGAGCCAAGGAAAUAGUUACGCUAGAAAACCAGAAAAUGUUUUCGUUAGAAUGGGUCUGAAUGGGAUCGAAGAACACGUUCCCCAGCACUUGGUUCCCCAGAUAUUGAAGUCGGAGUACCUAAGCAAAAAUUUGGCUUCGUUAUAAUCCACUUAAAUGAUUUAGAACUUUCACUGG